UGGACGCAAAACGUCAAACCAUGACGUUGACAUGGAUGAUGACGAUCAUGAUGACCUGCUGCUCAGGUGUGGGCGGAGCCUCAGAGCUGUUGUUCCUGAAAGAGCCCAGUGAUGUCAUCGCCGUUGAGGACCGCCCACUCAUGCUGGACUGUCAGGUGGAGGGUGAGGGACCUGUUUCCAUCACCUGGAGGAAGGACGGUGUUGCCGUGGAAACGAGAGCGCUGGCGAACGGAGCAUUACUCAUCCACAGUUUCUCCGGGAAGAGGCGGAGCAAUGGAACGGACGCCGGCGAGUACGAGUGUGCGGCCCGCAAUCGCUACGGCAUGCUCAUUAGCCGCAAGGCCCGCGUGCAGCUGGCAUCCCUCCCCAAAUUUGUGUCCCACCCACAGUCAGUGGCGGUAGAUGAAGGGGGCGUGGCUAGACUCACCUGUCGGGUCAAUGGCAUCCCCGAGGCCGACAUCACCUGGCAGAAAGACCGACGCCCACUGAGCACGCAGGACCACAGGUACACGCUGCUUCCUCACGGCGUGCUGCACAUCAACGGCAUUCGCCAAAGUGACAGCGGACGGUUCCGCUGCGUGGCGUCCAACGUGGCCAGGACGCGACGCAGCCACGAGGCCCGGCUGUCGGUCACCCGUGCGGCGUCCAAGACCUACAAGGAGCCCGUCAUCCUGUCCGGUCCCCAGAACCUCACCAUCAACGUCCAUCAGACCGCCAUCUUGGAAUGCAUUGCCACAGGAAACCCACUGCCCAUCAUGUCGUGGAGUCGCCUAGACGGCCGCUCCAUCGGCGUGGAGGGCGUCCAGGUUCUGGGGAGCGGGAACCUGAUGAUCUCGGACGCCAUGCUGCGACAUUCCGGAGUUUAUGUUUGUUCUGCCAAUCGUCCGGGAAGUCGGUCGAGACGUACGGUGCUCGGACGCCUCAUGGUGCAAGCGCCCCCCGAGUUUGUCCACUGGCCGCAAUCGGUCUCCCGGCCUGCAGGGGGCAGCGCCGUCUUCAGCUGCUCGGCGACCGGCGUACCCGAGCCCCACAUCAUUUGGCUCAAGAACGGAAAAGUACUCCGUCCCAGCGCCAACGUCAAGCUCGCCAACGGAAACACGACGCUCGCCGUCACUCACAUCGCCUCGAACGACGAGGCGAUCUACCAGUGCGUCGCCGAGAACAGCGCAGGCGCCAACCAGGCCAGCGCCCGUCUUGCCGUCAGCCAAGGACCCCAUCUGCCCGAAGCCCCGAGUGGCCUCAGGGCCGUGCCUCUCAGCUCGAGUGGUCUGCAGCUUAUGUGGGACGAACCACCAGACGACGUCAGCCAGCACAUCAUUGGAUACGUCCUGCACAUCCGCAGACUUGGAGAGGCGGACAGUGCCGAGCUGCAGGAGGCCGUCAGUAGGACCACGUUUAGCCACGAGUUCUCCAACCUGGAGGAGGCUACCACCUACUCCAUCUACUUGAAGGCUUAUUCUGCUCUGGGAGGAAGUCGGCAGUCCAGCGCCAUCAUCUCCACCACACUAGGGGGCGUUCCCAGUCCUCCGAGUUUCUUCACAAAGGUUCUGAACCGGACAGCCAUGCAGGUGUACUGGGACCUUCCCAGUAAGCCAGGAAAGGUGGAGGGCUUCAAGCUGAAGUACUACAGUCUUUCUAAGCCUCUUCUUCAGGGCCAGGAAACCUUUCCAGGACAUAUCAACACGCAUGCCUUGUACAACCUUGAACCCCACUCACUUUAUGAGAUCCAACUGGCGGCGUUUAACGGGAAUGGAGAAAGUCUCAUCAGCCGUCACCUCAUCUCCUUGGAGGACGAAAACAUCUCAGCAGGUGUGAGUUGCAAGUGUGAUUGGACAGAGGCGUCCAGGUGGAUUGUGUUGCUGUGCGUCCAUGGCAGUGUGGCGUGUGUCCUCUGCUUCCUGUUCUUCAUCCUGUUGGGCUACCGACGAAGGUGA